GAAGUCUCCAGUCCCCAGCUUUCAGCAUAAUACAAAUCCAGACUUUCCAGGCGCAUCUUCUCUAAUGGAAAUACGAGCGUCCUCACUACUACAGCCAAUAUGACGACAGCAUUAGCUGCGCAACUCGCGCAGAUUGCUGCGAGUUCGAAAUCGACACUCGACGUUAAGGCGCAGAAAGCCGCCCAUUCAAAGUCGUUAAUCUUCGAACCACGAGUUGCGGCGUCGCAAAAUUUCCAGACUCUUUAUGGCAUCUGUCACCAAGGAUAUGAAGAGUUGUGCCAAUUAGAUUCACGUUUCAUAUCCUUUGGCACAACUAUAUUCAGUGAACAGAGUCAGGAUGAGGAUCGAAGUCAAAUGACGGCCGCAGAAAAUGUAGAGCUUGACAAGAAGAUAGACUCAUUUCUUCACCUCGCCGGAGCGCGACUCAGACUCAUGCCAACAAUUAAGGCUAUAGAAUGGCUAAUCAGGAGAUUCAGAAUUCACGAAUACAACACGGCUAUACUCAUCUCGACCUUCCUACCAUAUCAUACCAUACCAGCCUUCACGACGCUUCUAUCUAUCUUGCCUAGCAAGAUACCACAAGUAUACAAGUUUUUAGAUCCAUACGUACGGUCCUUGACUCAACCGCCGAGAUCUGUACUCGUCCACCAAGCGAUACAUCACUCCGAUUUCCUCGCUACCCUCUCGACAUACAUAUUAGACGCAUGCAAGGCUCAGCAACACUACCCUGCCCUGAUAUCUUUCUGGGGUGGGAUUAUGACCGAAGCAGUGAACGGAAUGCUAGAUAGAAUGCGAUCCGGCCGCCGUAGCAUCCAACGAAGCAAUGACCAAGCUCUGCUACACCAGAUAGGGCCCAUUCUUAGUGACGCUCUAGUCAUGAAUAAGGUCCCUGGUUUGCAAAUAGCAUCAUAUAUGGUUAUAUCUGUUUUCGUUGCGAAGGGCGACCUUGAUGAUACCGCCAUCAGUGCCUUGAUGGAACAACUCGUUGCCGGAUGGACAGUUGAAUCUCUCCGUCCUGGUCUUGUCUGCCUCUCGAUUCUCGCGCAAUAUCGAUCGGCAAAGCAAAUGUCUAGGAAAGUAACGAAGGCACUCCUUAAAGUUCCAAACCUUUCCAACCUCCUUCCCGAGGUUGGGAGAGAGCAUAACAUUGCAAAGCUAGCGAAUGGUCUAUGCUUAGCCCUUGUAGAUAGGGCUCACAAGAAAGGUGACAUAAAAGGUUUACCGGUCGUCGAGUCGAUCCUCUUGAGCUCGGUUAUCAAUAACCAGCAGACGGCUGUCAUUUUCAAGAGCCUUUUGCUAGCAGCACACAAAGUCGACGACGAUGUUGACCCACAAGGAGAAGUACGAAAGGCUCUAGCGUCUAUAAUUAUCAGGCUGUCGCAGCUGGAUACAGACGCCGGGAAAAUAUUCACCAAAGCAAUCGACGAGACCGAAGUCGACGUGGAUGCGCUAGAACUCAGACUCGGUACUGAUCUCCGACCAAAGCUUCUCGCAACCCAACCCCAACAAGAUAUCCCAAUGAUAGAUAAUGAUACGGCGCCUAUGCUUGUCGAAAGUGUUGAAUCCAUUCUCCAGCGCGUAGCUUUAUUAUCGACCUCACCAUCGGACUCAUGUCUACGAGCUGCUUCUUCAGACAUCUUCACCGACCUAUGUUCCGUCUUCCUUUUCAGUGUUGCCGAUCUGGAUAAUCUUAAGUCCUUCGACAAGCUCACGCCGCUACAACACGGUCAAGGAAACGAGACCCCAUUUUAUAUAACGUUCUUGAUGAGAAUUUGGUGCGGGCCGUACCCGGCAUUAGCCCGCGCGGCGGCUCUUGAUAUGGCAAAACAGCGCCUAAAAAUUGACGACUGCAAAAGUAUAGACUUCCAGGCCCUCUUACCGUACAGUCUCUCAGCAUUAAAUGACCCAUCGAAAAGGGUACGUCGCGCUGCUGCGGAUUUGAUAGCUGUCCUCGAAAGUUCGUUCCAAGAUUUAGAAAAGAAAUCUGAUAAUCAUGUCCGUUGGGCCAGCGAUUCUUUAUAUGAUAACGCUGAAUCGUUGGUAUGGAUGAAUGUGGACGUUUGUUACAAACUGCUGCAUAAUGUCGUCACACCUAGCCUCGAGGAAUGUGUUUUAAAUGCCGAUCACGUUCUCGAGGUCUUACAAAGCGCAUUAAACAGCAGUUCGAAAUCUUCAGCCGAUGAUGAUAAGGAUAAGAAAAGCCACCUUUCUCAUAGUACCCGACGAUCCAUCCUAACCUUUCUCGUUUCCCACGCAAUCCAUACUCCUCUCAUCGCUCUGAAGAUCCGUCUUCUCGCGGCAUUAAACCAAGUCAAGGGUGUCUCAAGUACUACUCGUACUCAAUUACUCCUACCGUUGCUCAAAUGGUGGUCCUCCUUAUCUUCCGACGAUGCUACCCGUGUGUGUGCCCAAGAAAAUGUCGGAGAGUCGGUCCUGGACCAAAGCAUUGUCGACAUAGUGCUUCCGAACGACAAAGAUGGCCUAGAAUUCCUAUUAAGUAUUAUAGGAACCCAACAAGCUAUUACGAGGCCUAAUUUCCUUCACGUUAUCUUCUCGCGAAUUCAGGGCUUGUGGUCAUCCAUGAAAACAGACGCAAGGCAUAUGGUUGCUAGACAGAUGCUUGAGCUGUCACAAAAGGAUCAGUCUACUGACGGUGGCGUUGUCUCUAGCGAGGCUGCGAAUCUUUUAAGAAAUGUCGAUCUUACGACGGACAUUCUCUUAUUCUUCCUAGAGUCUCUGCAGCCGGCAGCAAAGAUGGCUACUGAACCACCAUCGGGAAAACGUAGGAGAACCAGCUCUUCUGAAGCCCACCGAGGAUUCGGAACACAACCAACUCCAGAAUUAAGCACGAUGCUCAGACAGGUCACAUUCGUACUACAACUCGUCGAGGGAUCUGACCCUGAAAAUCACCCUGAGCUACUCAAUGCCCUUUUCAAUGCCCUCUCCGAGCUCCAACAUUUCAGGGUAUUAGUUGGUUCAGAACUCGGGUAUCUUCAAAACCUCAUCCUUCGAAGUUUGCUGGCUAUGGUCCCCGCAUACAAGAAAGACCGAUCGUUGAAGAUUGAUAGUACAGGCGGACACGGGGAUCUUCUUGUUAACUGCAUUCAGAAAUCGUCGAGUCCGUCGGUGCAAAACACAGCGCUUUUGCUUGUCGCAAGCUUAGCAAAUGUUGCGCCGGACCUGGUACUCAACAGUGUGAUGCCAAUUUUUACACAUAUGGGAGGAUCUGUGCUUCGCCAGAGCGAUGACUAUUCGGCCCACGUUAUAAAUCAAACGGUUAAAGAAGUCGUGCCGCCGCUCAUUCAGUCGUUGCGAAAAGGGAAGAUAAGUCCUCUAGCGGGAGCUUCCGAGCUUUUACUCAGUUUUGUAACCGCGUACGAGCACAUACCAUCGCAUCGAAGACUUGGGUUAUUUGUAUCCCUAGUUGAGACCUUAGGUGCUGAGGAAUUCUUGUUCGCACUUCUCGCAAUGCUUACUAAUAUGUACGGCGCCACCGACCAAGUUUUGUCUUUCGCUACUGAAGUCUUUAACUACUUCAAAGUAGAGAUUCAGCUUCAGUCGUUGAUCAAGCUUCUCAAUCUUAUUGGCGACAUCUUCCAACCAAGACCCAGUCUAUCCUCGACCCUACUUGGCACCAAUGAACAGAGUGAUCGAGAUCCCCAGAAAAUCGGAUUUCGCCAAUUAACAUUAGUUCCACAUCUUUUAUCUAGCCGAAAAUUGACUACACAAAUCGGCAAACUAACUGAACGGGACGAUAUGGAGGCUUCUAAAGUCCGAGAACUUUAUUCCGGUCUAUUAGAGGAUCUCCUGGUUUUGGCAGAUUCGCUAAAACAACAGAAGAGCCUGUAUAACCUCUGUGGUGACGCGCUUUCGAAGCUUCUAAAUCUCCUUUCAAUCGGAGAGUUUAUCAAGUCGGUCGAAACCCUUCUAGACCGACCCGAUACUGUCCUACGACGAAAGGUCUUGCGGGCUGUUGAGGUCAGAAUCGAUGAGGAGAGCCAGGGAGAUGCCAAUUCUAGGGCAGCCCUGCUUGCAUUCCUGCCACACUUGACAGCUAUUAUUAGAGUCUCCGAGGAUACGGCUUACAAGCACCUGGCUGUAGGCUGCGUGGACAAGAUCUCCGAAAAGUACGGAAAGAAGGAUCCGGAGGCAGUGACUGCAGCUGCGGCAACGAUUGCUAGCGACCAAUGUUUGGGCCAAGAUGACGAUCAACUUCGCGUUAUGGCGUUGCUCUGCCUAGCCUCCUUAGUAGAUGUACUUCAGGAUGGUAUCAUGCCAGUCCUCCCAUCUGCUAUCCCGAAGGCACUUUUGUACAUUGCGGAAAGCAUAAAAAGCGAUACUUCGGGAGUUGAGCUUCACAAUGCCGGCUACGCGUUUAUGGCAGCACUCGCACAGCAUCUGCCCUACAUGCUUUCUGGGUCUUAUCUGGAGAAACUUCUAGCAGUUUCAAGUGAAUCUUCUAAUGCCAAUCUAGGCAUCGAAGCCAAUGAUGCUAGAUUACAAUGUUUACGAUUACUUGCCAAGCAGGUCGACGCUAAGACGCUAUUCUCCGCCCUGGAACAAAACUGGGUCAUAGCCAUAGAUUCCGGCUCCAUCGCCACGCGAGAAUAUCUUGACAUCCUCGGCAUUGCACUUGACAAAAAUUCGAAGACAGAUAUCUCUAAGAAUAUUACAGCCUUAUCGGCCAUAUUCCUUAACGCUUUCGAUCUCCGUAGACUGAAGUGUUCCAGGGAGGAUGCUAGCGAGGACUUCUCAAGGCAAAUACAUCGCAUCGAAGAAGCGAUGAACAUAACCGCACUAAAAAUGAUCUACAAACUCAACGAUGCAGCUUUCCGACCGAUAUUCUCACAGUUAAUAGACUGGUCUGUAUCCUUACCGAAGAAGGAUACAGAAGGCAAAAACCUCAGACUUCUGAGCAUAUACGGCUUUUUACUAUCCUUCUUCGGCGGCCUGAAGUCCAUCGUCACCGGCUACGCAUCCUACAUUCUCGAAAGUGCCGUCGACAUCCUCCAAACCAGCAAUCCAAAGAGGCCUAUAGAACAGGAGCUCUGGAAGAAGGUGCUAAACACCUUGGCGAAGUGUUUCGAGCAUGACCAGGAUGACUUCUGGCAGGCUCCGGCUCAUUUCAGCGCAAUUGCGCCCGCACUAGUCUCUCAGUUUUCCCAUGCGGCCUCUAUCAACCUGACAAACGAGCUCAUUCCAGCUGUGGUAGAACUUGCAGCCGCGGCCGAUUCGCAGGAACACCAGAAAGAACUCAACGGAGCGCUCCUAAAACACAUGCGCUCGGAACAGGUGCCGGUCCGUCUCGCGGCCGUGAAAUGCGAACAGGCCCUCACAACAAGGUUGGGCGAGGAGUGGCUGGCUAUGUUGCCGGAAAUGCUCCCGUACAUCAGCGAAUUGCAGGAUGACGACGACGCGAUGGUCGAGCGGGAAACUCAUGUGUGGAUUGUGGGGAUUGAGGGGGUUCUGGGCGAGGACUUGGAUUCUAUGUUGCAAUAGAGGGUGUAGAAUAUAUAGGAAUUAAAUCGGAGUUGAGUACGGUAGUGCCCUUUACAUGAGUUUUUUUUAUAAGCCGGUACCUGUCGGCUGUGUGAGUCGGAAGCCGCCUGUUGGUAUACUGCAUUCGUUGUUGUGAUAGCCUUCUUUGACUUUUAAUAGAUGUCCUUUUCUUAUGGGAUUAUUCAUUGAGU